ACAGAAUAGAAAACAAUGCUGUGCUGCAACCGCGAGUCUGCGCACGAGCAUGAAAACGUAUUUGUUGUAAUCUCAGCUUGUGCGAUGUCCGAAAUUGUGAAGGUUGAAGUGGAACAAGAAGACGAAAUAAAUACAGGUGUUGAUGCAACGGUUUUACUUAACAAUGAGGUCUUUGCAACAAUAAACAGUGAACAUAAUGAGAUUACAAUCAGUGACUAUUAUUCUAAUCCUGUCACAUGUGAUGGGCAAGAUCAAAAUGAAAUGCAGCAGACGAAUACUGUAGGUUCCCCGCAACCUAAGCAACCACAAAUUUCGGAAAAUUUUAAAUGUGAUCAGUGUGAUUAUGCAACCAAUAACAAGUACCACUUCGACGCACACUUGUUAACACAUAAUUCUUCCAAGAGGUUUAGUUGUGUCCAAUGUAGUUACAAGACCAAUUACAAAUCCCAUUUGAAAAAUCAUCUAUUGAGACACAAGACUACCAAAGAUUUAGUAUGUGCUGAAUGUGAUUAUGCAACAAAUAUUAAAAAUAAUUUAAGAAAACACCUGCUAGUACACGAGACCAUUAAAGAUUUAAAAUGUUCCCAGUGUGAUUACGAAACUAGUAACAAAUUAAGUCUCAAACAACAUCUCGUGCUAAGACAUACGUCCAAGAGUUUAAAAUGUGCUCAUUGUAAUUACGCAGCUAAUUAUAAAUGGCAAUUGAAGCGUCAUCUGUUAGGAUACAAGACAUCUAAAAAUUGUAAGUGUGACUAUGCAAUUAAAUCUCAAUCGAACGAACAGAAGACUGCCAACAAUUUUAAAUGUGCACACUGUGAUUACUCAAGCAAGUACAAGUCCAAUUUGCAAAGACACCUGUUAAUACACAAGACUGACAAGGAUUUCAAAUGCACACAAUGCGAUUAUGCAACCAAUUACAAAUUCUGUUUUAAAUCUCAUUUGUUAACGCACAAGACAGCCAAGGUGUUAUUUAAGUGUUCCCAUUGUGACUACACGACUCAUAAUAGUGUAUAUUUUAAAGGACAUAUGUUGACACACAAGAAGACUUUCAAGAUUUUAAAAUGUGAUCACUGUGAUUACGCAACUAUUUAUAAAUCGCAUUUCACAAAUCACCUUUUCACGCAUAAGACGUCGAAGGAUUUAAAAUGUGUAAUGUGCCAUUACAAAACGAAUUAUAAAUCCAGUUUGAAACGACAUAUGCGAAGGCACCUUAUUGUAUAAUAGCGUUUUCGAUUGGCAAAACUCGUACUGCACAAGUGUUGCUCGAGAAACUGAAGAAAUCCAUAUGAAAAUUGCUCUCAAUGGAACAUAAAUAUUCGUAAAUAUUUGUUGUCAUU